CCAACAUGGAGGCAAUGUGCUACACUGUUUGAAAAUGCAGGUCGUGUCAUGCUUUGAAAAAAAUCAUUUUAUACUAGAGUUUGGUGGAAAAUGUCGGACCCUAAACGUGCUACUCUUAUAACAGUAGGUGCUCCAAAAAGUGGGAAAAAUAAUGUGAAUAAAACAGUGAGAUUAACGAUAAAUUUGGUUGAAAGCAACGAAAGUAAAUAUCCGGAGCUGAAUUACAAAGAACUAGUCAAUGCAGAAGAGAGAAAGAAAAAGGUGGAAAAUGGCAUAACCCCAGGACUGGAUCCGUUUUCAGACAACGAUGAUGAUGUCGAGAGAGUGGCCAGAAAGUUUGAACAGAAAUAUGGUGGCAAAAGUACAUACGGCAAAAAAAGAGGCAGGACAAAGCAGGAUGAUUUUGCUGAUAUCGGAGCGGGCUACGAUGAAAAUGACUCCUUUAUUGAUAACACGGAUGGCUAUGAUGAGAUGAUACCACCGGAGUGUGACACGCUGUAUGGAGGUUUCUACAUCAACAGCGGCUCACUGGAGUUCAAGAAUGUUGACAACCAAGCCGUGUUGUCUGAUGCUGAACCCGGCUCGAGAAGGAAUAAGAGACGUAUAUCUUCAAGCAGCAGCGAAGUGGACUCCUCGGAGAGUUCCUCGGAGUCGAGUCAGGAUGUGAAAGAUCCUAAGGCAGUCACCAACGGAGUGGUCACACAUGACACUGAGCAUAGGAAGAAGAAGAACAAAAAGAGCGAUAAGAAUAAGAAAGCGAAGAAGAUAAGAAGAACCGACUCCUCUGCUGCUACUUCUGGAAAACAGACUUCGGAUGAUAACGGGCACGCGGGCGGCGACAGCGCGGACUCUCGCACUUCGCAGUCCGACUCGCUCGCUUCCAAACCGGCGCCCAGCUCCGAGAACGCGGUCACUUCUGACAGCUCCAGGGAUGCAGAGCCGAAAGUAGAAGUGAAACUUCCGCCAUCAGUGUUGUCCAUAGUUGAAGAACUGGAGGCAACUGUGGCAAGAUUAUUGGCUGAGAAUCCCAACUUGCCUCAUAAGGAGUUAGAAACUAACACGGAGGUGAUUGUAAGCAGACUGGAAUCAACUCUAUCGACAAUAUCAGACGGUUCAAUUUCCCACGCAGCUCGGAGCAGAGUAUCGCUCGCGUUAAGAGUGUCACGCUCUAAACUACUUCAGCUUCAAACUGACACAGGAGUGAACAACAAAACGGUUGCUCAAUCUACAACCACCACGAUAACAACCACAAGUAGCAGUACCAAACGGAAGGCAGACGACAAUAAGGAGAAGGUGGACGUCAAAAAUAUGACGCCCGAAGAGAUUGAGGCGGAUAUUGUUAGUACGCUGAAAAGACUGGCCGCUUUGAUCGAUGAACGAAAACCCGGCAUGAUAGCUAGUUAUAAUGCCGAAUGCGCAAGAGUUCAGGAGGAGAAGAAGAAAAUACAAAUAGCGUCAGCGGACGGCGCGCCGCAUAUUGAGAAGCGGCUGCCCAAGCGGAGGUUCCCCUGGUGUCCGCGCACCAGGGCGCUGCUGGCCCGGCUGAAGACCUUGGCUGGGGAUCAGGAAUCUGCAGCCAAAUUGCUCGCGAACCGAGCGCUUCCACUGUUCCCAAGAGGUUUUGUUAGGAUGCCGACGCUACUAAGACAAGCGGAUCUCAGCAAAGAAAUCAAAGUGACCGACCUGAAACGGCCGCGGCUCGGUUCGUUCAACCAGCAGCCGCCGCCGCUGCCGUUCACUGAACCCAUUCAGUUCCCGAGCUCUUUAACCGUCACCGCUACAGUCAAAACAUCACCAGAGAAAACAGAAAUCGCCCCAGGAACAGAUGAGAAAUCAAAAAAUAACUCUGUAUUCGGCAAUAUCAUCAAUAGUUUCUCAUUAUCCAAAGAUUUGAUUGUUGAAAAGCCCGACGAUAGAAAAGAUACGGUUAUAAUCGAGAAAGGAAAGGAAGAUUUGUACAUUCCGCCUAAUAAUAUCGGCAGUAUAACUAUAACUCCUGUUGUAAGUAACCAGAAAGAUAAAAAAGUUAAUAAUACGUUAUCUACGGACAAAUAUAAGGAGCCCGGUUUAAUAAGAGUGAAAACGCCUGAAGAUUUGAACGAUAUGGUCAAAAAGGAUAAACAUAAGAAAGAUAAGAAACGUGUUGAAUCACCGUUACACGUGGACACAAACAUUACUCAGAAUAAAAAAGAGCCCAGUCCAAAAUCAAAGGAAGAAUCACAUAAACAAGUAGAAAUCAUGCGAGUCAAUGAGAAUGAUCUGCCAAGACCAGCCUUGAUUCCAGUGCAUCAUUCCCCAACGUUCGCGAAACCCGAUAAAAGACCACCGGAGACUAAGAAGAAGAAAGAAAUAGUGAUAGUGUCUGAUGUUGAUCCGUUAGGUGACGUUCAUAAUGAACCCGUAGCCGUUGAUGACAGUAGUAGUGACGUUGAAGUGAUAGAAGAGAACACAAGUAAAAGUGAAAACGGUGAUAAAAGUGAAGUGCCUUCAAAGGACAAAGUGUCUCGGGACAAAAAAGUGAACAGUGUGAAACAUAAAGGAGUUAGGGAUAAAGAACAUAAGGACAUUGAGGAGGCGACUAAGGAGGAUAUAGAUAAACUUAUGAAGAAUAUCAGUGAGAUGGAGCAUGUGCAGGAGCCGCAUAAAUUAAAUAGUAAUCCAUUUGGAGGGUUGUUAAAUAAUGCGAGACACGAUAAGUCUUCCUCGUCGCUCAACCGCGUGUACGUCGAGCCUCGCGACAAAUUUACAGAACGAACUUCUUUGAACAAAAUGGAUGGCUGUAGUCCGGUCACGGGGUGAACCUCUUUCAAAGACGCUGAAACAUUAUACACGGAUGGUAGUUUUGUGAACCGCCACGUAGACUCCAAAGGGCGGCGGUGUUGCUAGCGCUUUACGUUUUUUUAUAUCUGAAAUAAUCUGGGUUUUUUUUUUUUCAAUAUGAAAAUAACAGCUUUUUCUCCAAACGAUAUUUCUACAAUUCUAAUAGAAUGUAUUUACACACUUGUAACAAAACAACAUCGUAAUAAAAAUUACGUAGAAAUAGCAAAUCCUCGAUAUGAAGACUGUAUAUUUGUAUUUUAUUUUUAAAUUUCUUUUUCACAUCAUUCGACGGCCUCUGUGGCGCAGCGGUAGUACGCUUGUGUGUGACACCGGAGGUCCCGGGUUCGAAUCCCGGCCAGGGCAUGAUGAGAAAAUAACUUUUUCUGAUUGGCCUGGCUCUUGGAUGUUUAUCUAUAUAAGUAUUUAUUAUAAAAAUAUAGUAUCGUUGAGUUAGUAUCUCGUAACACAAGUCUCGAACUUACUUCGAGGCUAACUCAAUCAGUGUAAUUUGUCCCGUAUAUAUGUAUGUAUUCAAAGCUCGGACACCGUCGCCCUACACCAUACGGAAACUGUUCUCUUAAUUGGUUUGUAUAGACUCAUAUAUUUUAUAUACAUACGUACAGUUGAGUGCAAAAGGUGAGGUAAUUUUCUAUGAAAAAAAAAACAAUGGCCUUUAAUACUUGACUGUUUAUUAGUUUUUAGUUUUGAUAGUUCUGCUCCAACGGUACGUCUAGGAACGUAUAUGAACUCUGUGAUGAUUUAAUUAUAGAUUUGCCGAUGGUUAUUUAGUACAUUGUCAAGCAUUCUCUUUUUAUCUAAAUUUCUUUUUGUUUUCAAUAAAUGAAGCUUAAAAAAUAUUUAAUAAUAUAAGAAAUUAAAAAUUACUUUUCUAUAUAAAAUGCUCAAGUUUUUAAGACAGUAGAUAUUGUUGAAUUGUAUGUAUAAUAAAUAGUAUAAUAUGUUACACAUAGCCUGUGUGAUCUUCGAUGGUCAUAUUCAUAAGAUUAUUCGUUAAAGUGGUCAAAAAAUAAGUAAGAAAUAAAUAUACAUGUUAAAAAAAACUUUAAAUUACAUUUUAGACGUAAAUUACAUUUUAACAUGGCAACACCUACACGUGCCGAGUUUUUCCUUUAAAUUUGCUUAAUUUUGGGGAAAUUUAUCGCGGCACAGUAGGCACUACUACUAAACAAAUUCAUCGAAAUUUGGUACACAGGAAGUUCAACGUAGGCAUCGAUUAUGGAACUUCCGAUGGCUAAAAAAACCUUGAGUAAAUGCUGAUUGAAUGGUAUUUUUAUCACUAAGUGCUUAUUUUUUUGAUGCCCAUCAUCUAUCACUGCCAUUAAAACCGCUUUUUUAAUUGGGCAUCAUAAGAAAAAAUUUAAGCCUCGAGGUUUUGAACUAAAAACAUUUAGGCUAGAAAAUGUUUGAUUCUCAAAUGAUACA